AUGGCAACGAGUCCGAGAGGUGGCGGUGCUGCUGGUUCUAGACGGGGAACAAGACCAGGCGUGGUCCGGUCAGUCUAUGAAAUUAUCAAGCCGGAGUCAGAAUGGCAGCUAAAUGCUGAAUCUCAUAUUCUCAAUAUUUAUCUUCCUGGUUUCAUGAAGAAGCAGAUCAAGGUGAGCAUGGAAGGCCGGAACACCAUCAGGGUUCGCGGGGAACGCCUUGUAGGUGGCAACAAAUGGAGUCGCUUUCUGGAGGACUUUCAAGUCCCGGAAAAUGGUCAAAUGAAUUCGGCUCGUGCCAAGUUCCAUGGAGGGAUACUUAGCAUUACAGUCCCAAGAGAGAGAGUUGGUAAAGAAGGCGCUCUUCCUACGGGAAAGCAAUCCUCCCCUCAAAAGGAAAGUACUCCAGAUGUUAGAGAUGUGAAUCUGGAAAACAUAGUUUCCCAAACCGAAAAAAAGGAAAGCAGUGGCAGGGAUGCACAUGAUAGAGAUGGUGAUCAAAGAGGCCGAAGCUUUACUCCAAUGAUAAAUACUGGAAAUAUAACUUCCAAGAAUGAUGUGAAAAACGAUAGCAGUGAAACCAAAGAAAAGCACGUUGCAUCAGAGAGACUGGACAACAAAACAAAAGAGAGGGUACACAAGGAGAGCAUGCGAAGUUCUGAAUUACCUGAGGCCAAGACAAUGAAAUUGGAGAAAAACGAAGCCACAGAUAUCUCUGAAAGACACACAGACAACAGAGAAUCAUAUGGAGCAUCAAAAAAACAGAAACACAAGAAGGAGGUGAAAGGGCUCAAUCAAGAAAGGCAAUUGCUGGUGAAUCUGGGGGCGGCUAUGCUUGUUAUUGUGGCACUCACCGCUUAUAUCACCUACAACUCCGUAUAUGCAAAAGAUAAAAACUAGAUUCUUUAUG